AGCUUUUACACAACGGUACCACCGUUAACUCCCGGAAGAAGACUAGAGCUGCAAUAAAGGCAGCUAGUUUAUCCCAAUAUGCCAAGCUAAUUCUGCUGGCUUUCUUCCACCGGGUGGCUGACAAUUCACGGAAACUUCAAGAGUAGCAUGUUGGUGAAAUAAGCCGUAGUUUUCCGGAGGGAUGUUCGGCGGGUCCUAUCAGCUGCUACCCCAGAGGGACUCAAGCUCCCAGAAGACUCCUGGGUUGUUUGUGGACUCUCACAGCUUCUCACAGCCAAGCUACUCCAAAGGUCUUUCCUUUGAUUAUAUCCCAAAAAUCUCCGCAAACGACUUUACUGACGCCUCCCAGGGCUGGCUGUCUUGGAUCUGCAACCUGAUCGUGAUCUUCCUUGUUUACAUCUGCACCUUCAUAACCUUCCCGGUGACAGGAUGGUUUGUUCUAAAGACUGCUCCGAACUACCAGAGGAUAGUUGUGUUUCGCCUGGGUCGGGUUCGUCCUCCGAAAGGCCCCGGGAUUGUGCUGGUGCUGCCCCUGAUUGAUCAGUGGCAGAGAGUGGACCUGAGGACGCGAGCCUUUAACAUCCCUCCAUGCCAGGUGACCACUCGGGAUGGUGGCAUGCUGUUGGUUGGAGCAGACAUCCAGUUCAGGAUCUGGAACCCAGUUUUAUCCGUGGUGUCGGUCCAGGACCUGAACGCCUCGACCAGGAUGACUGCGCAGAACGCUUUGACCCACAGCCUGGCCAAGAAGACUGUCAGGGAAAUCCAGACGGAGAGAGUGAAACUAGAGGAGUACCUUGGGAUGGACAUUAAUGAGAUGACUCAUCCGUGGGGGCUGGAGGUUGAUCGGGUAGAGCUCACCUUUGGUUCUCUGCUCAAAGGCCCGGAGGAAGCUGCUCCCCUCGCCGCACCUCCUCCUGUACCUGGACUAGACGGCCUCACCGGCUCCCUCCAGCAGCUGGCCAUGCACUUUCUUAGUCACAGUGGUAGUUCACAGCCUCAGCAGAGAGACAGCCUAACGAUGGCAAACGAGCUCAGCACCGAGUCCAGGGCUGCCGUGGCCGCACCAGUUUCUGUCGAGGAGUUGCUCAGAGGAGUCCAGACGCAUCUCUCUGAGACUUUGGUCCAACAGGUCGGGGCGUGUUUCCAGUUCGAGAUCAGCAGUGCAGACGGACAGCAACGUCAGUACUAUCUGGAUCUGAGUCAAGGUAGCGGCGCAGCUGGACCGGGGGUCUUGUGCCGCGAGCCCGAUGUGACUUUGAGCACGAGCGACUGCGACCUCGUGGACAUGUUCCAGGGGAGGCUGCGGCCGCUCGCCGCGUACACCAGCGGCAGGCUCAGGGUGCAGGGAGACAUCAAGGUGGCCAUGAAGCUGGAAGAGCUCAUAAAGCAACUCAAAAAGUAGCUCCCACUGUAAAUGAACUAAAUGCUCCAUUCUGCAUGUAAGUUAUGCAAAUUUAAUAUAUGUUGUGAUUAAAGUUAUCGAAAACAAAAA